AAGGCCUGGAACUAAAAACAAAAAUUAAAGGAAAUCCAGGAGCGAGUCAUGCUAAAAGGAAUGGACACCAGGCGCACAGGAGUCUACCGCUUGAGCGGCAACAUCGGCGACCUGCAGCUGGAGCUGAAGCUGCGUCACAUAAGCGAAUGGCUGCCGGUUCCCAAGUUCGAGUACGCGGGAGCUCAGUCCGCCCACGAGCAUGGUGACCACUAUCCCGGAUCGGAGGAGAGUUUCUGGCAGGACUGCCUGAUCCACGUGCCCCAGGGCGAUGAGUCGUACGGUGGCAUUCACCGCUUGGGCUACUACUGCAGUUACUACAAUGUGGCCAUUGGUUACACAGGAAAUCCUGGAAGCAUAGUGAGGCGACGAAGGAGUCCCAGAUCUCAGGAGAGCCACCAGCAGGAGGAUGAGGAGGAGGAGGAGGCGGAGCAGGACGUGGAGACCAUAGUGGACGUGGAGUCCCAAAGCAAUCCCUCGUGGAGCAUCGAGGGCAGCGACAGCAACCGCCCCUCCGGCGGCGAUCUCUUCUACGAGCGGAACAGGGAGCUCUGCAAUGGCGCCGUCGCCACCAUACGCAUAGCCUGGCAGCAGAAGCUCUUCAGCCAGUCGGAACUGGAACGCCACAUAGUCGAUCCCGGCGGCUGUGCCUCCAAACUCCAGCGGCGCUAUCACACUUGGGCUCUAGAAACGCUCGAACUGCAGCAGCGCUAUCUUCGUAAGCUGCAGAGGCAGCAGAAAGAGGACGAGGAUGAAGAUCCGGACGAGGAACCCAUUAGAGUACGCCGCAGGAUGCGGAGAGGCAAGCGCAGGCAGAAAAACACCACUGCCCUGGUGCCCUACGAGGCCAAUGGCCUGUCCUCGGCCAACAUGUCGGACGUCUCGAUGCUCGAUGAUCCGAACUUUGCGGCCCGAACCUGCCUCAUCCACACCCUGGUGGAUGGCGAUGCCGAGGAGCUGCUGCCCGCCGAAGCUGUUGAACUGCAUCGCCAGGGCCACCAGCUGAUGUACAUCUAUGCCGAUCUGCAGGAGGACACCCUGCUGGUCAGCAUACGCUACGAUCCGGAACAGGGCCUCCUGUAUGUGUACCCGGAUUUCAGCAGCAGCGCCAAGGAUCUGGACUAUGUGGUGCAGAUCGAGCGCGAGAAUGAUUGCAGGCAGCUGUAUGCCUAUGGGUUCGAGAAUGCCACGCCAUUGGUGGCCUUUGAAGAGGGCAAUUCGCUGGAGGAGGCGGUGCAGGAGACUGAGGAGCCCGAGGAGGAUCUGGCCGAAGAAGCCUCUGCCCUGGAGAUCCUGGACUACUACCAACGGAGGCGGGCGGCGGCCAUCGAGAGGCGUACACUGCUGCAAUUCGAAAUGCCUCCGAAGAGAACGAAGCGGGUGUCCCUGCUGCUGGAACUCAAGGAAGCCCAGUACUUCGAGAAUCCCAACAUCCAUGUGAGAUACUAUCUGAAGUUGCCGGCGAAUACCAUCUACGAGGCUGUGGCUGGUGAGGAUCCGCUGCAGGGCGCCACAGCCACGUGCCGCAAUGCCGGCGACUGGCGGAUUGCCCACUUCGGCCACUGCUGGCAGGUGACGCUCCUCUGCGAGGAGCAGCACCAGCCCGGCGACCUGCUGCACCUGUACUUCGAGGUCAUCAGCAUCGACAGCUGGACGAGGGAGCGCUGCGAGGGCUAUGCCCACUAUGCCAUCUCGCUGACCUCAGCCCUGCCCACGGACUCUGUGCGGCUGCAGUGCAUCCGCCCCCUGGGCAACUGGCUGGAUGGCCUCAAUAGGUACUUCAUAGGCGGCCGCAAGCUGUUCGACUUCGAGCGCUACUUCGAUGUGCACCAGCAAAGCGAACUGCACAGUCGCUUGGACCUGAACCCCAGGCGGGCCAUGACGCCCACGGGAUCGCUGCUGCUCCGGCUGCAGAAGCUGCAGCAGCGCCAGGUGGACACCACCAGCCAGCUGCACCUGGAGCUGGACAUGGGCAAUGAGAGCAACGCCAGUGACAGCGAUGAGGAGGAGCCAACGUCCAGUGCCAGGACGGACUCGAGGGCCACCACCCUGGACGAGGUGAUGUCCGCCUUCGUGGAGGCCAGGGAGCGGAUCGAGGCGCUGCUGGCCGCCAGUUGAGGAGCACUGCGCCUCGUUAUCAACUGCAUAAUUCCAGGCUGAGCUGCAGCCCUGUUUUUGUGUUUUUUUAAUUAAUUAAUUAGGUAUACAUUUUACUUACCAUUAAAUAUGUUACUGU